UGAAGCGUCACCAGUGGACUGUGGUGAUGGUAAGAUGGACAGUAUUUAAACAGCCCAGAAGCGCUCAUCACCAGUCAGCCACAGAAGCAAGCUUGGAGUCAAGAUGCCAAACUGGGGAGGAGGAGCCAAAUGUGCAGCCUGUGAGAAGACAGUGUACCAUGCAGAGGAAAUCCAGUGUAAUGCAAGGAGCUUCCACAAGACUUGCUUCAUCUGUAUGAGCUGCAGAAAGGGGCUGGACAGUACAACAGUUGCAGCGCAUGAGUCUGAGAUUUACUGCAAGUCCUGUUAUGGCAAAAAGUAUGGGCCGAAAGGAUACGGGUACGGGCAAGGAGCUGGUGCUCUGAGCUCUGAUCCUCCUGGACAGGACGCAGGCCCUCAGCCUCAUGACUCCAAACCUCGACCAGCCUCCUCAAAAUCCACCGCCAAUAAAUUGUCCCAGAAGUUUGGAGGUUCAGAUCGCUGCCCUCGAUGCUCCAAAGCAGUCUAUGCAGCAGAGAAGGUGAUGGGAGCAGGGAAGCCUUGGCAUAAAACCUGCUUCCGCUGCGUUCUGUGUGGUAAAAGCCUCGAGUCGACCACAGUGACAGAUAAGGAUGGAGAGCUGUACUGCAAAGUUUGCUAUGCCAAAAACUUUGGCCCCAAAGGAUUUGGACUCGGGAACGCUGCAAUGCUGGAGGAACGACAGUAAAAACAUGCUUUUAAUAAGCCUCCCACUCAUCAUGCGGCAGCUGUCUCAGGCGAGACAGACGUUCAGCUUUGCUCUGCUGUAAAUUCAAAGUUAUUUUUAAAAUUGGCUAAAUUGUUCUUGUGAUGGUUCAGUGCAGAAUAAAAGCAUUUUAUUACAUUAAAA